AUGGCUGUUCACGAGAUUACAAUAAAUAAACAUGCAAUUCUCCCUCCUAUCAUUAGUAAUUGUGAUAAGGAAUUUUUGGAAAGAAUGCAAAGAUAUAUAAUUGUAGAAACUGAAAGAGUGGGCUGUACUGAAGAAGGACCAGCCGAUGAAUAUUUCAUCAUAUACCGAAAUGUAUUUGACAAGAUAAUAGAGCAUGUCACCGCAUACAAAAGAGUUCUUACUUCAAUCAAACAAGAAUAUGAUUCCUUCAUUGAGACAAUAAAGAAGGGCCAAAGAAAUGCACUUUAUCUUCAUGGAAAGUUGAAAGUUCUAGCAGCAGAACCUACAACAUUGAUAUACCACAGGAAAAGAGCAGCCCAACUAGAAGCAAAGAUAAGGGUUAUUAAAGCAAAUUCUUUGAAAAUUCAAAUGCAACUAAGUAAAUUAAGACAACUUAGGAGAAAGUGCAGUGAAGAUGAAAUAAAAAAUCUCACAACUGUAGUAAAUCCUGCAAGGCCCAUUCCAGGCAUGACCCUAGAAGAAUCUGUUGAUUUAGAUACUCUUGAUGAGUACCUUAUUCGUCUCGAAGAAAAAUAUGAAGAAGUUAAAAAUUACUCUUUGGUAAAAUACAUUCCACAUAUGAGAAAGACUGACUUAGAUGAAGAAACAGUCCGGGCUUUACGUAGGCGAGAUGAAGCAGAAGCACUGAACAAUGAAUUACGGUUUCGUCAUAGAAAAACAGAAAUGGUUUCAAAUGCAUUUCUUUCCUGGAUAAAAUCUGACAUGAGCGUUUCUUUUCAAGACUUUGUAAUCCAGCUGAGUAAAACUCAAAGACUUUUACAAGAUGAUCAAACUCUUAUUGAGGAAUUACUUGAAGAAGAUCCACACAAGGCCAAGGAAGCUGAAGUAUUACUUGACUACAUUGAAAGGUUCAACGAAUUGUUCACAAAUGGUGAAUAUGAGUCUGCAGCUAUUUUUGCAGUGAACAGUCCUAGAGGAAUUCUUCGAAACAUGGCAACAAUGAAGAAAUUUAGGAGUGCUGGUAAAAUUAAAGGGAAAACUCUUCCUUUAUUAUUAUUCUUUGAGGCUCUCUUUAGUACAAGUCGUGCUGCUAGAAAAUCUGUUAAUGCUCAGUUGACUGUGGAAGGAAUUAAAUGUGGAUUAGCUGAAAAACGGUUGGAUCUAGUUAUACACUGGGUUACCCGGCAGAAAUUAACAUUUUCUGAACAUGCUGGGGAUAUAAUUUGUCAGUAUGCGGAAAAGGAGCCCUACCACAAGUCCAAGUGCCUGGCUUUAGCACAAAUUAUCUACCAUGAAUGUGGUCUGCAUAAGAAAGCUGUUCUUUGCCUAUGUAAACAGGGUCAGAUUUAUGGAGCUAUGGAAUAUAUACAACAAUGUAAAGACUUUUCUUAUGAUGAUCUUAUGAAUAUUGUAGUAAUGCAUCCACAAGUUGAAUUUAUUUAUUGUCUUACUAAGCCAUGGAAGGAGAAACAGCCACUUUUGUCUAUUUGUCGUAUUAUACUUCAUUUCUUCGCUAAUGGAAUGAAAAAGGCUGGCUUAAAUCUACUUUCAGAACUAGCUAAAGAUGGGAAAAAGACGAUGGAAGAAUUUAUGACAUCUGAUUUAUUCUGCUCCUUAACGGACUGGCAAGACCUGGCAAACUUGUGUUUCCAGCAGGGCUUUGGCUCAUUGUCCAAUGACAUCAUUUCCAUCCUCAGAUCUCAGGAGGGAGUAUCUGAAAUUCCUGCAGAUGGAGAAGUCAAUGUGAUGGAACAUGUUUUUUGGUAGUUCUAUCUUUCAAACAGCUGAGGGAGCUCUAAAAAUAUUUUAUGUGUCCUAGUUGAGAAAAACAACCAAAGGAUUAGUAACCGAA